AGCGCUUCAAAGAAUCACCUGGCACGCAAUGGGACGGCUAAACCACACGCCGACCCGCCGUUUAUGGACAACUUCAGGAGAAAGCUGAAAUAUUUCUUCAUGAGCCCAUGCCAGAAGUACAGAGCGAGAGGUCGUAAGCCAUGGAAGAUGAUCCUGCAGAUACUCAAGAUUGCCAUUAUUACCAUUCAGUUGGUCUUGUUCGGAUUGAGCAACGAGAUGAUGGUCACCUUUAAAGAGGAAAAUCUCAUCACCUUCAAACAUUUAUUCCUGAAAGGUUACAAGGACAGCAAUAAAGACUAUGCUCUGUACUCAAGACACGAGGUCCAUGACCACAUACUGUACGCAAUCAGACGGUAUCUACACCUCCAAAACCUGACUGUAGAUAAUCACGCGUUUGAGAAGAUCGACGACACGUUCACGCCUCUGUCCCUCUGUCAAGAGUUAUAUCGACACGCUAACAUUUCUCCCGCCGCUGAGACCUUUCACAUCGAUCCACAUGUAGAGACAGAAUGUAUUUCUAUUUAUCCCAUUUCACCCUGCACAAAUGAAGAUUUGGAAAAUGACAUGAACCUCACUUUAGAUUUUCAAAGGUUGUUAGCAUUAAAAAUCUAUUUUAAAAUAAAGGCUAUCAAUGUUCAAACUGUACGACACCAAGAGCUUCCUGACUGCUAUGACUUCAACAUUAAUAUCCUGUUUGACAACAGUGCACACAGUGGGAAAAUCAAGAUCUCUUUAAGCACUGAUGUACAGAUAAAGGGUUGUAAGGACUGGAAUGUUUCAGACUCAACAGACAGUCACUUCCGACUCAUUGUUCUGUUUGACUGUGUGGUCAUCUGCUCCUGCUUGCUCUCGCUCGUCCUCUGCACACGCUCAGUCUGCACAGGCGUUCUCUUGCAGUUCGAGUACACCACGUUUGUGUCCAUUCAGCACAAUAAAACAGUUUCCUGGUCUGAGAGAAUGGAGUUCAUCAAUGGCUGGUACAUUCUCGCCAUCAUCAGUGAUACGCUGAGUAUUGCAGGUUCAAUUCUCAAAAUAUGCAUACAGAGCAAGGAGCUGACGAACUAUGACGUGUGCAGUAUUCUGCUGGGAACAGCAACCAUGCUUGUGUGGACUGGAGUGAUGCGGUAUCUGAGUUUCUUUCAGAAAUAUUAUAUCCUCAUCCUCACCCUGCAGGCGGCUCUUCCCAACGCCAUCCGCUUCUCCAUCUGCGCCGUCAUGAUCUACCUCAGCUACUGCUUCUGCGGAUGGAUCGUGUUGGGCCCGCAUCACGAAAACUUUCGGACAUUUAACCUGGCCGCGGACUGCCUGUUUUCCAUGAUUAACGGGGAUGAAGUGUACUCUUCCUUCAAGAAGCUGCGGGACAAGACCUAUGUGGUGUGGCUGUUCAGCAGAAUCUACAUCUACAGCUUCAUCUCUCUCUUUACAUUCAUGGUGUUGAGCCUCUUCAUUGCCAUCAUACAGGACACGUAUGAAACCAUCAGGCACCACCAGACGCGAGGAGAACCGCUGUCGGACCUGCAGGCGUUCCUCGCUGAGUGCCGGGACACACCGGACUCGGGGAAGUACAUGAUGGAUGAAGAAUCCUCCUCCUCCUCCUCCUCGUGCGGCCCGUGUGCUCCCGGCCUCUGCUGCUCCUGACGCUC